UUGUCAAUGAUACCUUUACAGCUAAAUUUACCCCAGAGUGACAUGAGCAGGUGCACUUGGGCCUGCCAGACACUUGUGCAGAGGGAUCACGCAUCUCACCGCUUGACGAUCAAGGGGGCAAAGCCUCCGUCUUCAUAGAAAAGGAGAGGAGGCAAACACAGCCCAAACUGGGGGGUUUCUCUUCAAAGCCAGCUGGUCUGGCUUUAUUCUACAGGAAUUUUUUUACCUGCCAGAGUUUGGACAACAAAGCCCUCAGCAGGUGCUGAAGGGCACAACUUCCUGGGGAAGCAGAACGGCACUGGUGCCAAAAAAAGAGCUGAAAACUGUGAAGUAACCUCUGAGGAGAUGAAGCGGAGCAUGGACGGCAAAUGGCUGUGGCAGUAAAGAAGGUGUAGGUGGAACGAAUGCAAGGAUUUGGGAACUGAGCUGUGCACGUGCUGAAGAAGGAAACGUGUUUGAAGGAAACAGGAAAGAGAAAGAAAAGGAAGGAAAAAAUACAUAAUUUCAGGGACGAGAGAGAGAAGAAACACGGGGACUAUGGGGAGAAAAAAGAUUCAGAUCACGAGGAUUAUGGAUGAGCGUAACAGACAGGUGACAUUUACAAAGAGGAAAUUUGGACUGAUGAAGAAGGCUUACGAGCUGAGCGUGCUGUGUGACUGUGAGAUCGCGCUGAUCAUCUUCAACAGCACCAACAAGCUGUUCCAGUACGCCAGCACCGACAUGGACAAGGUGCUGCUCAAGUACACGGAGUACAACGAGCCGCACGAGAGCCGGACGAACUCAGACAUUGUGGAGACUUUGAGAAAGAAGGGCCUUAAUGGCUGUGACAGCCCAGAUCCCGAUGCGGACGAUUCAGUAGGUCACAGCCCUGAGUCUGAGGACAAGUACAGGAAAAUUAACGAAGAUAUUGAUCUAAUGAUCAGCAGGCAAAGAUUGUGUGCUGUUCCACCUCCCAACUUUGAAAUGCCGGUUUCCAUCCCAGUGUCGAGCCAUAACAGUUUGGUAUACAGUAACCCGGUCAGCUCGCUGGGAAACCCCAACCUUCUGCCACUGGCCCACCCUUCUCUGCAGAGGAAUAGUAUGUCUCCUGGUGUAACACAUAGACCUCCAAGUGCAGGUAACACAGGUGGUCUAAUGGGUGGAGACCUCACAUCCGGUGCAGGCACCAGCGCAGGGAACGGAUAUGGCAACCCCCGAAACUCACCAGGUCUGCUGGUCUCACCUGGUAACUUGAACAAGAACAUUCAAGCCAAAUCUCCUCCCCCUAUGAAUCUAGGGAUGAACAACCGUAAACCAGAUCUCCGAGUUCUUAUUCCACCAGGCAGCAAGAACACGAUGCCAUCAGUGUCUGAGGAUGUGGACCUGCUGUUGAAUCAAAGGAUAAAUAACUCCCAGUCGGCUCAGUCAUUGGCUACCCCAGUGGUUUCCGUAGCAACACCUACUUUACCAGGACAAGGAAUGGGAGGAUAUCCAUCAGCCAUUUCAACAACAUAUGGUACUGAGUACUCUCUGAGUAGCGCUGACCUGUCAUCUCUGUCUGGCUUCAACACUGCCAGUGCGCUUCACCUUGGCUCAGUCACUGGCUGGCAACAGCAGCACCUCCAUAACAUGCCACCAUCUGCCCUCAGUCAAUUGGGAGCUUGCACUAGCACUCAUUUAUCUCAGAGUUCAAAUCUCUCCCUGCCUUCUACUCAAAGCCUCAACAUCAAGUCAGAACCUGUUUCUCCUCCUAGAGACCGUACCACCACCCCUUCGAGAUACCCACAACACACGCGCCACGAGGCGGGGAGGUCUCCUGUUGAUAGCUUGAGCAGCUGUAGCAGUUCCUACGAUGGGAGCGACCGAGAGGAUCACCGGAACGAAUUCCACUCCCCCAUUGGACUCACCAGACCUUCGCCGGACGAAAGGGAAAGUCCCUCAGUCAAGCGCAUGCGACUCUCUGAAGGAUGGGCAACAUGAUCACAUUAUUACUUAAUAGUUUUUUUUUCUUGCAGUGUGUGUGUGUGUGUGCUAUACCUUAAUGGGGAAGGGGGGUCGAUAUGCAUUAUAUGUGCCGUGUGUGGAAAAAAAAAAAACCGUCAGGUACUCUGUUUUGUAAAAGUACUUUUAAAUUGCCUCAGUGAUACAGUAUAAAGAUAAACAGAAAUGCUGAGAUAAGCUUAGCACUCGAGUUGUACAACAGAACACUUGUACAAAAUAGAUUUUAAGGCUAACUUCUCUUCACUGUUGUGCUCCUUUGCAAAAUGUAUGUUACAAUAGAUAGUGUCAUGUUGCAGGUUCAACGUUAUUUACAUGUAAAUAGACAAAAGGAAACAUUUGCCAAAAGCGGCAGAUCUUUACUGAAAGAGAGCAGCUGUUAUGCAACAUAUAGAAAAAUGUAUAGAAGUUUGGACAGACCCGGAAAGGGGUGGCCAUUGGUAAAUGUUAGGAACAUGCCCGGUCACCUAAUGUCCCGAGCACGCUCACAAACCUGCAGGCAAAUCAUUGGCGUAUGGCACUCAUUCAAAAGGAUCAGAAACCAUUCAAAGAGGACCAUACCUACUUUAAAAGAAAAGAAAAGAAAAAAAAGCAAAAACAGAAAAAAAAAUAAUAAAAACAAAAAAGUGUGGCGUUUGAGAGCUAACGUAUUUAAUUAAAUAAAUAAAUCUGGGUCUGCAUCUCUUAUUAAAUAAAAAAAUAUAAAAAUAUGUACAUUACAUUUUGCUUAUUUUCAUAUAAAAGGUAAGAAAGAGUUUGCAAAGCAUUUGUGGCUUUUUGUAGUUUACUUAAGCCAAAAUGUGUUUUUUCCCCUCAAUAGCUUCGCUAAUAUUUUAAACAGUCCUGUAAAAACCCACAGAGGACUUUUUGUAUAGAAAGCACUACCUUAAGCCAUGAGGAACUCCAUGCUUUGCUAACCAAGAUAACUGUUUUCUCUUUGUAGAAGUUUUGUUUUUGAAAUGUGUAUUUCUAAUUAUAUAAAAUAUUAAGAAUCUUUUAAAAAUCUGUGAAAUUAACAUGCUUGUGUAUAGCUUUCUAAUAUAUAUAAUAUUAUGGUAAUGGCAGAAGUUUUGUUUUCUUAAUAGCGGGAGGGGGGUAUAUUUGUGCAGUUGCACACUUGAGUAACUAUUUUCUUUCUGAUUUCUUUUACUCUGCAUACAUUUUAUAAGUUCAAGGUCAGCUGUCAAAAGGAUAACCUGUGGGGUUAGAACAUAAUACAUUGCAACAUCCUAAAUCAUUUUUAAAACAUCAACAAAUUAUUGGGUCAACUGACAUCCAUUGUAUAUACUAAUUGGUUUCUUUCAAACUAUCUUGUUUUGUUUCUUUGCAUUUUAUCAAAAGCAGGGCCCCUUUAAGAUCUCUCCAUUUCACCACGCAUCUUGGAAUUCAGUAAGUUCAUAUCCUAACUUGCCCAUAUUUUAAAUUUACAUAGUUCAUGUUCAGCCUUGAAUUUGAUGUUUCUUAGACGUAUUCCCAGAGUAAGAAGCUGUGUGGGGUUACAUGUCCUGCAAGUUGGGCCCUAGGAAUAAGAGACGUGAGGGCUUUUGUUUUGUUUUGUUUUUUUGUUUUUGUUUUGCUUUUUUUGUUUUGUUUUUUGUUUUUUGUUUUUUGUUUUUUUUUUUUGGUGGAUAAGUUACAGAUCUCUGUAGAAGAAAAAAUGUGGAAGAGUGGGUGCUAGAAAGGAGCGUAACGGUGGAAGAACAGUUGCUUGUCGUCCACCCUCAUGAUUUUAACUGACUCGUAACAAUCUUGUCAGCAGUGUAGGACUGUUGGACAACCUGGUCUACAGUACCCCCAAUGUCACUUCUGCAUAAAGCAUGUAUGUCAUCUAUUUUUCCUUCAAUAAAGAGAUUUAAUAGCCAUUUCAAGAAAUCCCAUUUAAAAAAAUACUUUCUCUAUGUCCCUUUUUUAUUUUAAAUAAUUUAAAUCUUGUCUAAUAUUCAUGUGUAAGGGAUUAAUUAUUAGACCCUUUAAAAGUGAGGGCCAUUAAGAAUCAGUAUAUAGUGUUGAAGUGAUAUUUCAGGCUAGGAAAUGGUUUCCUUCUCUGGAAAGGGCAGACGAUUAGUUCAUCUCCAGUCACCAGUCCUGACAUGAGGAGCCAAGAAUACGGUGAUCUCAGUCUGCUAGAUCAUAUGUAGAACAUGUUCAUCCAGUUUUUUAUUUCCUUUUACCUGCAUAGUUACUAUGUGUUUCUCACUGUAAAAGGCUGCCGCUGGGUGGCAGAAGCCAAAAGACCUUUAACGAGGCUAUAUUUUUCUUAACUUGAUCUGCAAUCCAUAAUUAGACCACGAUGCACCUUUGGUUGUAUCUAUAUAGGAUGCUAGCCUGCCUUGUACUAAUGUUUUAUAUAUUAAAAACAAAAUAAAGAUAUCAAUCAUUUCAUAUAUAUCCCACUACUAAAGGUAUCCAUGGAACAUGAAGACUAGUAUUUAUGCAGAAGAAAAACAGGAAAUUAACCCCUACAAAUACCGUUAUCUAUACACCUGUUUGCAUGUUCGCGUAUGUACACAAACAUGCAGUUGAAGUGAAAAAGAAAAUCAGUCCAUUAUUUCACACUAGACUUAAUUCCAUCCUGACGAUUCAUGUUUAUAACUUAAUAUGUAUUAAAUAUGCAAGCAUAUCACAAAUAUUCUCUGUCAUUUCAAAAUGCAUUUGUUUAUCAGUAUCAAUAGAAUCUUGCCAGUGGGUGGGAAAGGGUCAUAUAAAAAUACGAAGAAAUAGCCAUAUUAAAUUUUUACCUGCCAUUUGCCUCCGCAACAAAGCAAACUUGAGUUUCUAAUGCUAAAGAUAGAAUAAGCUAAUGCACCAGCAGGGGCAUCUGCUAUUUAUAGCAGCUCUGACAAUAGGUUUUUACAAACUCAAGAACAGACUCACUUGAAAACGGACUCCAGUCACCUACUUCCCACUACUGAAUUCAAAGCAGUAGCAGAUAGCGAAGGGAUAAUCUAAGGAUUCUUAAAGAUGAUUUUAUGAGAAGCACAAUCUUUAUUGUGACCGGUAACAUUCUCUGAACAGUCACACCUGUCUGUCUUUACCCUCCUGCUCUUCUGUAACUCACAGCUUGCUGUAUUGGAAAACCAAGUAUGGUUUUUAAUCACAGAAAGUCCUUUGUAUCCAGGAGUCCGGGGCAGAGCUCUGAGGGUCUAUUAUUUUACAUUACCUGGCCUAGAGUGGCAUUUUAGACAACAUUCAUCCUUGCAAGUAGGAGAACUGUAAGUGGCAUUUUACAUGGCUGCAAGUAUUGUUAUACCUAAUCCUAUUUGAAAAGAAUUUUGGUAACAGUAAGCUGAAAACCGGUAGCGGUGUCGCAGCGCAUGCAAGCUGCGCACCUGUAGACUGUUCGCACUGACGUGUGGAGGCUGUUUGUUUCAACCUUUUUUAAAAUUGUGUUUUUUAGUAAGAUGGCUUAUUUUUUCCCAAAGGUGGAGUUUAACGUUUUGUAAUGAUGAAUAUAAAAAUGCCUGUCAUCUUUAGAUCAUUUAAAGGUUAACUAAAGUGAGAAUUGCAAAACAAAUCCCAAUACACUUUUGAAAAGCAUGUCUGCCCUCUCUCACCUCUGUUUUUUGACACACAUACUCUUUAUCUUAGAGAUACCAUUUGCUCCCUCGAUCCCCUUCGCUUGUUUUCUCCCCAGAGAGUAAAUGCUUUGUAUUUCUUUUUUUUUUAAUUUUUUUUUUUUU